UCUACAAAAUUGUGAGUUUGCAGUUUCAUAAAUGAAGCCAAGGAGGUGUUCCUGUUUGCCCAAAAACAUAACAUUUGGUCUUAGUUCCAAAACUAGCCACAGCUGAAAUUUGGCAUACAUAUCCUAUCUACACCAAUACAUGCAAAAACUCCUACUCGAGUGAUUUCAACCUUUGGAGAAUCAAUUUGUUAUGAAACAGAGAUACUUUCUCACUCAUAUCUGCAGGCUGGCUGGCUGAACACACCAUCAGGAAUUCUUUCACACAUCACUGGGUAAAAGGUGACAUGGGAUCCUACGAGUAAAGAAAGGUAAAGAAAAUCUACAAAUGCCAUCAGCAGGGCACUCUAGAGUCACAGAAGAGGUGUAAUACACCUGCAGGGUAUCGUAAAACCAGGGUCAAAUCGUUAUGUUGUAUAAAGUCUUUCUGGAUGACCUAUGUUUCCCAUAGCGCCAACAGUUUGAUAUCAAGUAGGUCGAGUUUGUCCAAGGGGAUUUAUGGUAAGGGCAAGCACACCGACUUGCAGUAGCUUAAGUGUGCUUGAUCUAAGCAAAGUUUAAUUACUGUGUCGACUAAUUAAUGUCCCCAAGACGUUUGGUACAGUAACGUCAUUAGGGGACGCGGGAAAUCUCUCGAAAUCAUUAUAUGAAGCUAUUGCUUUCUCUAUGAUUAAUGCACAUACUAUCAGCUAUAAUUAGGAAGCGUAGAUUAGAUAGUUCGUUCUGCUCUUAAUGUUACAUUUAAUAUCUUCCCAAACAUGGUAUACAACAUGUUCAAAUCCUCUAAGAACAUUUCAUAUUUAACUGGAGGUAAUUUUAAAUUAUAAGGGACUUCGAUGAAUGUAAAGCUAAUCUGCUCGUCAAAAUAUCGUGAGAGCUGCCUGGUUCAAUGCCGUCCGAUGUAAUUUGUACGGAGGCGUGCUACCUCCUGCGGCCGUUGGUGCCUCUCCGCACAGUGCUCCAGUGUGGUGGGGCAGAAGGACUGCUAGUCGAAGUGGUGAGGUUGCAGUCAGAACAGUGUCUUUACGGAGUACGAACAGGACAGCGACAGUCUGCCGUGUAGGUGUGUCUUUCAAAUUUCCAUGCAGAAUUCGUAUUCAAAUGUUCUCAGCUGUGAGAUGGCGUGAAAGAGCCGCGCGUAACGGACGCGCCAGUGAGCCGACGCGCGCACUUCAUUCCUCAGUGAGGAGGGAAAAGGCACAACUCUCCUCUCGGCAUCCCGCUCGUUCAAACAUGGAUUUAGGGUUUACAAGGCGCAGUGGAACAUUCUUAUGGCUGUCUCUUCUUCUUUGCUGUAUCGGCGGGACAUUAAGCAAAGAAAGCUGUGAUGGAUCUCUGGUGUCUCAUCUCCCUCCGUCAGCCUUCAGUAGCUCCUCUCAGUUGUCCAGCAGCCAUGGACCAGGCUUUGCCAAACUCAACCGGAGAGACGGUGCUGGAGGCUGGUCACCAAUGGAGUCCAAUAAAUACCAAUGGCUCGAGAUUAACCUUGGGGAGCGAACGGAAAUCACAGCUAUCGCCACACAGGGUCGCUACGGGAGUUCAGAUUGGGUCACCGGUUAUCAGCUCAUGUUCAGUGACACGGGACAUAACUGGAGACAGUAUCGACAGGAAGACAGCAUCGGAGUGUUUUCUGGAAACACAAAUGCUGACGGUGUAGUGCCAUUCAAACUGCAUCAGCCCAUGUUCGCUCGGCACCUAAGAGUUGUCCCUCUGGACUGGAACCCAAAUGGAAGAAUUGGAUUAAGACUGGAAGCAUAUGGCUGCCAGUACAAGUCUGAUGUGAUGCAGUUUGAUGGGAGCAGCUCAUUGGUCUACAAGUUUAGUCCAAACUCCAGUCAACCAACCAAAGACAAGCUUUCCCUGAAGUUUAAAACCUUGAUCAACUCAGGCAAUCUCCUCCAUAUGGAAGCAAUGCACGGCCAGAGCCUAACAGUGGAACUACUCAAGGGAAAACUUUUAUUUCACCUCAGAAAAGGCAAACGUCCGUCUCCUGACUUUCACGCCUCCAUGUCGCUCGGGAGCCUCCUGGACGACCAGCACUGGCACUCGGUCACGAUCGAGCGUGUUAGCAGGCACCUCAACUUCACUGUGGACAAAAGCACACAGCAGCUCCAAGUCCCUGGCCACCUGAGUCUGUCUGACAUUAGCGAGAUUAGCUUCGGUGGAGUGUCAGGUCCUUCAGCAUCGAGAACUCUCUCCAGGAAGAACUUCCGCGGUUGCAUGGAGAAUGUGCUGUACAAUGAUAUGAACAUCGUCCACCUGGCCCAAGAAGGACGCCACGUCUCCAUAACGGGAGCUGUCUCAUUCACCUGCUCCGAGCCCGUAGAUGUGCCAGUAACUUUCUCGAGCGCCGGAAGCUUCCUCCAGCUUCCCCUGAGCAUGCCCAGCGAUGAACUCUCCAUCAGCCUAGAGUUCAGGACGUGGAACAAGGCUGGCCUUCUCCUGACCUUUGACCUCCAGCAGCAGGCCGGGAGCACCUGGCUGUAUCUGAGUGAGGCACAAGUCAGGCUGCAGAUCCACAAGGCUGGACGGGUCCUGGUGAACAUCAUUGCAGGUUCGGGCCUGAAUGACGGCCAGUGGCACACGGUGUAUCUGAGUGGCAGGAGGGGUCGUCUCAGCGUCACGGUGGACGGAGAGGACGGCAGCACAGCGCAGGCCAACCCCUCCUUCCCUGUCGUCCCAGAGAACCAGCUCUACUUUGGAGGUUGCCCAGAAGAAGAGAAACUGGCCAAUCACAGAUGCAGAAACCCAUUCAGUGUUUUCCAAGGAUGCAUGAGGCUCAUCCGCACAGGCGACCAGGAGGUGGACUUAAUCAAGGUGCAGCAGAUGUCCCUCGGAAACUUCAGCGAUCUGCAAAUGGACAUGUGUGGAAUCAUUGAUCGGUGCUCUAUCAGCUAUUGUGAACAUGGAGGGAAAUGCACGCAGUCUUGGAAUACCUUCCACUGCAACUGCUCCCACACAGGAUACAAAGGAGCCACCUGCCACAGCUCCAUUUAUGAGCAGUCCUGUGAGGCUUACAAGCACAAGGGAAACACUUCAGAGUUUUACCACAUCGAUGUUGAUGGGAGUGGCCCUAUCAACCCACAGAGAAUCUACUGCAAUAUGACAGAUAAAACAUGGAUGGUGAUCCAACACAAUAACACAGAGCUAACCAAAUUAAAAUCGUCCUCUGGGAUAAAUCAGCAUUUAGCCUACUUUAACUAUCCCGCCGACGCGGAACAGCUUCGGGCGAUAAUUACCAAGGCUGAGCACUGCGAGCAGGAACUUUCCUACCACUGCAAAAAGUCACGCCUCUUAAACACACCUGUGGGUGCUCCGUACACGUGGUGGAUGGACGGGGCCGGGGAGGCGCAGACCUACUGGGGCGGCGCUUCGCCAGGUAGCCAGCAGUGCGCCUGUGGCCUGCGGGAGAACUGCGUCAAUUCCGAGCACUCGUGCAACUGCGAUGCCGAUGGAGUCGAUUGGGCUAAUGACACAGGCCGUCUCUCUCAUAAGGAGCAUUUACCUGUGCGGGGCAUCGCUGUCGGGGACUUGAGCAGACCUGGCUCAGAGGCUGCGUACCGAGUGGGAGCCCUGCAGUGCUACGGUGACUUGAACUUCUGGAACUCUGCCUACUUCAACAAAGAGACGUCGUACCUGCACUUCCCCACCUUUCACGGCGAGCUGAGCGCCGACAUCUCCUUCCUGUUCAAGACCAGCGCUGCCUCUGGCGUGUUUCUGGAGAACCUGGGCAUCAAAGACUUCAUUCGGAUCGAACUAAGCUCCCCAAUUGAGGUGGUGUUCUCCUAUGACGUGGGCAACGGACCGGUGGAAGUUCGGGUGGAGUCUCCCACCCCACUGAAUGACGACCGCUGGCACAUCGUGCGCGCCGAACGCAACGUGAAGGAGGCCUCCCUGCACGUGGACCUGCUGCCCGGGGCCACACGGAGAGCGCCCCCCGAUGGUCACCUCCACCUGCAGCUCAACAGCCAAUUAUUUGUAGGGGGCACAGCAUCGAGGCAGAAGGGUUUCCUGGGCUGCAUCCGCUCCCUGCAGCUGAACGGGAGGACGCUGGACCUGGAGGAGCGGGCGAAGAUCACCCCCGGCGUGCGGCCAGGCUGCCCGGGACACUGCAGCAGCUACGGGGACCUGUGCCAGAACCGCGGCCGGUGCGUGGAGAGGUACACGGGCUUCACCUGCGACUGCGGCCUCUCAGCUCACACCGGAGCCUUCUGCCAGAAAGAGGUGGCAGCCUAUUUCAAGUCCAGCACGUCGGUCUCCUACACGUUCAAGGAGCCGUACGAGCUGAACAGGAACAGCAGCAUCCAGGCGUCGUCCAUCUACUCGGACAUGACCCUGAGGGGCGAGAACAUCUCCCUGGGCUUCCGCACUACCCAGGCCCCUGCCCUGCUGCUCUAUGUGGGCUCCUACUACCGCGAGUACCUCGCCGUCCUGCUCAACCGAAACGGACAUCUAGAUGUCAAGUACAAACUGGAGAGUAACAGGGAGGUGGAAGUGUUCAAGCCCAGCACGAGAAACCUGGCCAAUGGACAGCUUCACACUGUGUCCAUCAGAAGACAGGCAGAAAACCUCUACAUCCAGGUUGACCAGAAUGAACAGGAGGACUUCAACAUAACGUCAGACGUCGAAUUCAACGCCAUCAAGUCGGUGAUGCUGGGAAAGGUGCACGACUCAGGUGAGCUGGACCCAGAGAUAGUGCGGCUGAACGCUGUGGGCUUCACCGGUUGCCUGUCUGUGGUCCAGUUUAACUCUAUCGCCCCUCUGAAGGCCGCUCUGCUCUACCCCGCCACCAGCCCUGUCGUUGUCACUGGGCCCCUGAAGGAGUCCACCUGUGGUUCCUCUACACCUAGUCACCCCCAUGCCCCAGAGACUACCCACUCACUCACAGAUCACUUUGGCACAGUAGGCACUGGUGAGCCUGUAGUCAAUGCAAUCAGCAGUGAUUCGGCAUUGAUUGGAGGUGUAAUCGGCGUGGUGAUAUUUGUCAUCUUGGCGGCGCUGGCCGUCAUGGGUAGGUGUCUGUACAGACGGAAAGAGACGUUUCAGACCCAGCCGCCGCCAAAGGGAGGCAAGACCGAGGACAGUCCCGAAUUCCCCUUCAACAACGAAGCCAACACGCAGUACGUGCUGAGAGAAAACCAGAGGGAGCACUUCAUAUGAACCCCCUCUCCACCCUUACCCCCGCCCCCCCACCCUUCUUUGUGUUGGACUAAUCCUGAAAAAAAAGAAAAACCUGAGGACACGAGGCAAGCCUUGCAAAGAGCCCAGAGACAUUAACAUUCGUGGAGCAUUUUUGCAUAAAACCUGCAGGAACUGUCAACAGUUGGCAAUUAAAUGUGAAGACGCAGAAGCAGAGGCAGGUAACGAGAGAGGUGUGUGAACAGAUUGCCCAUACAAAUGAUUUUCUAUUUUAAUUUUGUACAUACAUAUGAGUACGGUAACUUUUUUUGGCACAGUUCUGUGGCUUGAGUUUCUAAGAUGUGUGUGUGUGGAAAAUGUCAGAAAUUGUAAAUAGCCUUCAAAGAUAUACAUGUCUAUAAUACCUUUAUAACGAUUACCCCUCCUCUCUCUCUCUCCUUAAAGUGCACAGUGUUUGGCACAUCUUGCAAGCACACUUGACACACGGUACACAUGCAUAUACAGACGUUGUGAUAUUGAAAUAAAUGUUUGAAGUGA